AUGCCAUUCUACUUGACCAAUGCACCAGCUGCAUUUAUGGAUCUCAUGAAUCGCAUCUUUUGGCCGUAUUUGGAUAAGUUCGUCGUUGUGUUCAUAGACGACAUUCUCGUAUAUUCAAAGACGGUGAAGGAGCAUGAAGCACACCUUCGUAUCGUCCUACAAACGCUGCAGGAGAAGCAACUGUACGCCAAAAAGUCAAAGUGUGAGUUUUGGAUGUCGAAAGUUCGAUUUCUUGGACACGUAAUUUCCGGUGAUGGAGUAUCCGUUGAUCCAAGUAAAGUCGAGGUUGUAUUGAAUUCGAAGCAACCAAAGAACGUCACGGAAGUUCGCAGUUUCCUUGGUCUGGCCGGGUACUACCGACGAUUCGUACUAAAAUUCUCUAAGAUUGCGAAUCCGUUGACAAGGUUGACUCAAAAAGGUGUUAAGUUCGAGUAG